UCCAUUACUCAACCUCAUUCCAGCUUCCAGUCUCGACGUGCAUCAGAGCAGUUAAUUGUCCUAGCAAUCCACAGUCUCCGCAAAGAGACAGAGAGCAUUCAUUUCCCAAAGGAGGAUAUGAAGGGACUGAGACAGCAGAAGCAGGAGACAUUUUCCCUGGCCUGAACUGCACACAACUCUCCCAUGGCAUCCUCAUCAUCUCUGGUCAAUGCAACCACCAAUGAUUGCACCCAAACUUCAGGAAACAGCACUCUCCUUAGCUCCUCAACCUCCAGCGGUACUGGUGUUGUCUUUCUUCUCCUGGCUGCUGUCAUAGGACUUCCUGGAAACCUUUUUGUUAUCUGGAGCAUCCUAUGGAAAAUGAAGCCAAGUCAACGUUCAGUCACCUGCCUUCUGGUGGUUAAUUUGGCCAUGGCCGAUGCGGCAGUGCUCCUCCUCACUCCUUUCUUUGUUGUCUUCCUCAUUUUCAGGAAUUGGAUAUUUGGGGUGGCCAUUUGCAAAGUGGUGUACUACUUGUGUUGCAUCAACAUGUUUGCCAGUAUCUUCAUCAUCACCCUCAUGAGUGUGGAUCGGUGUCUUGCAGUCAACCAGCCCUACCUCUCCCAAGCCAUUCGCAAGAAGCACUUGGUGGUCAAGCUCCUAUCUGGGAUAUGGCUGGGAGCUAUCUUGCUGUCUAUCCCGGCCUUUCUAUUCCGACAGGUUGUGACAGACCCCUCAAAAAUGCGUCAUAUCUGUGAACCUUGCCACUCUAGGCCAAACUUAGCCAUUUUCCACUUCACCUUGGAAACAGUAGUGGCCUUUGUGAUACCAUUCACUAUCAUCGUUGGGUGUUACUCUGCCAUUUUGAUACGGCUCAGAGGAGUGAGGAUGAGGCAAGGGGCUCGGACUGAGAAGCUCAUUGUCUCCAUUGUGAUCUGCUUUGCUGUCCUUUGGGUGCCCUACCACAUUGUCAACAUGCUCCAGGUGGCUUCAAACAUGGCAUCAGGAAGGACUGCAGAAAGGCUUGGGCAGGCUUGGAAGAGUGGGCGAGCAGGGGCCACCGCCUUGGCAUUCCUCAGCAGUAGCAUCAACCCGGUGCUUUAUGUCUUUGCAGCUGGGAACCUCAUCAAGACUUCGGGGGCCAACUUCAUUGCCCAGUUCUUUGAGGGAGCUUCUGACGGGCUUGGACGGAGGAGCCAGUCUCAGAGAAACCUGGCAAAAGACUUGGUAGCUGUGGCAGGAGUUCCUGUGGCCGCAGAACAGCAGCCACUAGAAACCUGUCACAGGGUCAGCAAGGACAUUGAGUGUAGGCUGGAUGUUGGCACAAAAGAGCAGCUCUCAUAAUCUGAAUAUUAACACUCCUAGAUUGAAUCACGGAAAAUUUCAACAUGAGACAGUUUCUAAGAUAAUGAGGCUGUGUUUGGUUGAGUCAGUCUGUCUACUAUGCCUUGUCUACUUUGACUGACAAACAGUCUCCAGCAUCAAAAAGAGAUGCUCUGCAAUUACAGAUGAAGAUAUUAGGAUCUGAGACUUCCGACACACAAAAUGUACACACUAUCACUGAGUUAUGGUCCACUGUCCACUCAGCAGUAUUGUGUACUCUGCUGUUGAGCUAUGAACUUCCUGCCUUAUAUUCUUUCAUUUGGAAACUUAACUUCCAUUGAAAAGCACUGGGGAACAAUUCUACACUACAGCACUAUUGAAUUACUAAAAACUUGAGAUGAAAGACAUUGUACUGAACCUAGUUCAUUCCGACUCUGCUUUUAAGGCCAACCUUCAGAUUUGAAAUUUCUGAAAAUGAGUGUAAUAUAAAUGGAUUGACUUUGGAGAUUGACUAUGGUUUCCCCAUCUCUCUGCACAGAAUGCUUAAAGAUGGGGACCAUCUGUCUCUCACACACUUUUAUGUGCACAUGCACUUUGAGGAACCCUGGGUGUUUAAUAUUUGCAUUAUCUGGGCUUCCUCUCCAUUUUUCUGUGUGCAAAAAGUGUCACAUACUGUGGAAUGUUUCAAAUCAUGUGUUUUUCAUAUAGAAACAUAUAUAUAAGCUAAAAUUGACUGAGGAUGUGUCCAGCUUCGGUGCAUGUUUUCCCAUAUCAGUAGAGCAGAGGGGGAGGAAAAGGGUUUGAUAUCUUGAAUAACUUAAAUUGUUGACUUAAAUUUAGUGUGCCCAUGUAGAAAAGCUUCUGUGAAAUUCUUGAUGGAUUCCUUCAUUAUCUGCCUGCAGCAAUAAUCCCUUCUACUGCCUGGCAUUUUGGGGGAGAGAUUAAGAGCAGAAAAUCUAGUCUUGCCCAAUG